AUGAAGCUGGAGGAGUUGAUGAAGAGACAGAUGGUGAAUAAUUUAGAUGUUUGUGCCACUUGCCAUGAACAUGCCACAUGCCAGCAAAAAGAUGGGAAAAGGAUCUGCAUUUGCAACUAUGGCUUUUGGGGCAACGGUAGGACACGGUGUGUUGAUAAAGAUGAGUGCCAGUUUGGAGCCACUGUGAUCUGUGGGAACCACACAUCCUGCCACAACACACCUGGAGGGUUCUACUGCAUUUGCCACAAAGGCUAUCGAGCUACAAACAACAACAAGACAUUUAUUCCCAACGAUGGCACUUUCUGUACAGACAUAGAUGAGUGUGAAGUUUCUGGCCUGUGCCUGCGUGGAGGUCAGUGUGUCAAUACUCCUGGGAGCUUUGAAUGCUACUGCAUGGAAGGAUACUUGGCAAAGAACGGUCCUGAGCCUUUCCACCCAAGCACGGAUGACACCUCCUGCACAGAAAUAGACUGUGGCAACCCUCCCGAAGUCCCUGGUGGCUACAUCAUCACAGGAAAUUACAGCUCCACGCUGGGUGGUCAGGUCCAUUACAGCUGCAAAGAAGGGUUUCUCAGGAUCUCGGGAGGUGGAGUUUCACGCUGCACGGCCCUGGGCAUGUGGGAAUCUCCAAAGUUGCAGUGCCAAGAGAUCAGCUGUGGCAGACCUCCCGAAGUCCAGAAUGCCAUCUUGGUGGGGAAUCACACCUCCAGCCUGGGCAGUGUGGCUCACUAUGUCUGUCAGGAAGGCUUUGAGAGUCCUGGAGCAAAGAUCUCUUCUGUUUGUACAGACAAAGGCUCCUGGAGUGAAGUCACUUACAUGUGCACAGAAAUAAUGAUAGAAAUUCAUGAUGUGUCUGUGUUUAAUGAUACCUGCGUGAGGUGGCAAAUAAGCCCAGAGAGCAUAAACUCUAAGAUCAUGUACAUGAUACACACUGAAAGACAGCAGCCGGGUGCUGUGGAAUCCGUUCGUGAGGAGACAGUUAAUGUGACCACAGACAGCAGGACCCCAGAAGUGUGCCUUCACCUCCAACAAGGUGCCAAUUACACCAUGAGCAUUUCUGCAGUCUCUCCCUGGCGCUCUGUGCCCACCAUCCUUGGUUUCCAGACAGCUGAAGAUGAUCUCUUAGAAGAUGGUGGAAUCCUCAACAUUUCAGUAUUUAAUGAAACUUGUCUGAAGUUGAACAGGCAUUCUAGGAAAGAUGGAUCAGAACAAAUGUACCAAGUGAAAGUUCUGGGUCAGAGGUGGUAUUUGGAGAACUUCUAUCAUGCAACUUUCUUUAACUUCACAACAAGAGACCGAGCUCCGGAAGUGUGUUUAGAUCUGUACCCAGCCACUGAUUAUACAAUAAACAUCACCCUUAUGCGAACCACUGAGCCUCGCUCGUCCCAAAUAACCAUAACAACUGCACUAACAGCCAAACAGACCAUCACGAAUAUUUCAAUAUACAAUGAAACCUGCCUCAGAUGGAGAAGCCUGAAGAUGGCCAAUGAAGAAGAGAUGUAUUUAUUCCACAUCUGGGGCCAGAGAUGGAAUCAGAAGACAUUUGUUCCGGAAAUAGUCUUCAAUACCACCAGCCACAGCCAGGCCCCUGAGAUAUGCCUGGAUCUGCAUCCAGGUACCAACUACACAGUCAGCCUUCAGGCUUUGUCUUCAGCACUUCCUGUGGUCAUUUACCUGACAACCCAGAUAACAGAGCCCCUACUUCCAGAAGUAGAAUUUUUCACUGUGCGAGGAGGGCCUCUACCACACUUCAGGCUGAGGAAAGCCAAGGAGAUAAAUGGACCUAUCAGUUCAUAUCAGGUGUUGGUCCUUCCCCUGUCCUUGGGAAGCACAUUUUCUUGUGGUUCUGAAGGCAUGACUUCAUUUUUUGGCAACACCUCUUUGACUGACGGAUAUGUGGCUGCAGAAAUACUGGCCAGUGAUGUUCCAGAUGACACGUUGGCGAUACCCAUCGGGGACAGGCUGUACUAUGGGGAAUAUUACAAUGCACCUUUGAAACCAGGACAUGAUUACUACAUUCUGUUACGGAUCACAAGUGAAUGGAAUAAGGUGAGAAGAUAUUCCUGCGCUGUCUGGGCUGAGGUAAAAGAUUCGUCACUCACACCGCAGCAGAUGGUGGGUGUUGGACUGGGCUCCGUGGCUUUUGUGACCAUUCUUGCAUUCCUCUCCUUCUCAGCAGUGUGAUGGCUGGUGAGCGCCGCAUGGGGAGACUGCCUUGAUGACGAACAGCUGAUCCUACAGCUUCUCAGGUGCCUGGACUGUGUGGCUCCCAUCCAGAGCCCUUGUGUGGACCUGGAACUUUCUCCAUCCCAGCAUGGCCUCAUUCCUGAAUUCAAGAUGGCACCAUCUCUGUGGAAUCUUCCAAAAGGAGGAAACUUGGGAACUGUUUAUGUGCUUCCUGUUUUCAGGGUCAGAGUGUGUCGGUGAACUUGACACUCAUGCCCAGUGUAAUACUGACCACAGGCCACAUCCUCGAGAGUCAGCUCCUGUAGACACUGGCUGUGGUGCCUCUGGGUCUUCCUUUAGGUAAUCUGUUAAUUAGUUCAGGAUCCAUUCUUUCACAGUAGGUAAUCAGAUGGGCUGGAAUCUGGCUUUAUGAAGGAGGCUAUUAGAUAAAGAACACAGGCAUGAAUAAAUGUUUCAAGCAUUUUAGAAGUAGCCCUUGCCGUCAGUGAACCAAUAAACUAACUAGAAAAUA